ACGUUCAUUUGUGUCUCUAAGACGUGUAAAAUCCGAAUAAAGCGAUUUCAGGCGCUGUAAACGCUCUUCAUUGGCAUAUUCUGGUAUCGAUAAUUUGUAUUCCUCCAUAGUGGACGUAUUAGAGGAACAUCCAUGAGACCAGCUGGAGUUCUAAGAAAGGAGAAGUUUGCGCUCAGGUUGGAGCACUUUAUGCUCAAAUCCCAGGUAAUCAGUUUAUACAGGAAGGCGAUACGAGGGACAAGAGGAAUUCCCUUCGAUGAAGCUCGCUACGAGACGUUGAAAUGGUUCAGGAUGGAUUUCGAACGGAACAGAUGGGAGAGUGAUCCUGAUCGCAUAAAGUACCAGAUACAGUCGAUGCAGCGUGAAAUAAAGAAUUCACUGCCAAACUAUGACCUAUCGAUGCGCCCAGCUGAGGGAUUCCCUCGCUUCUGGAAGCAAUCUGGUACGGAAUAAAGUAGAUAGUACUAUCAAAAGUUAUAACGUCAUAAU